AUGGCUGGGUUCAGCUAUACUGGUGUCGGUGAUACCGUUCGGUGUGAAAAAUGUCAAUUAGAUGUAUCUGGAUGGACUCAAGGUAUGGUACCAAAGGUUGUGCAUGCUGAUCGUAAUCCUAGUUGUCCAUUUGUUUGUUCUGCACUAGUAAACCCUUGCAUGGAGUCAAAUGAUCAAGAAAAUCCUAGAAAAUGUCAAAAAAUAGAAUUAAAUUCAGAUCAAUGUAAAUAUAAUUGUGAAUUGUGGGAAGUGAAUAAACUCAAGCAAAUACGACGUCGAACAUUUUCUCAUUGGUCUCAUCCAAUAAAACCAUCUGCUGAACAAAUGAUCGAUGCUGCAGAUACGGAUGAUCCAUCUGAAGUUCAUAAAGCUCUUUCACCUAAGUGUCCAUAUGUUUUAUCAAUAUUAAUACAACCGGAGCGAUCUUCUCCUGUGAUAUUAAAUGAAAUAUCAACAAAUAAUCGAAAUAAUCAAAUUUUUGGUUCAACUAAUGCUGCACAACUUCAAUUUGAUCAAAUUGUUAAUACAACGCCGUAUAAUCCUGCAUACAGUGAUAUUACAAAACGUCUACAAUCAUUUGCAACAUGGUCUCAUAAAUCCUCACCAUCAGUAGAUGAACUAGUUCGAGCUGGCUUUUUUUAUACCGGUGCUGAAAAUAUUGUAACAUGUUUCUAUUGUAAUGUUUCA